AUGUGUGAUCCAUGGAACACCUGCACAUUGGCUGAAGGCCUCGAUUUUACGUCAGCUUUUAUUGGUACUCACGAACUGGGUCACAGUGUUGGAAUGCGACACGAUGAGCCCUACUGCCCAUCAAAGCACAUCAUGAGCUCAUCUCUAGGCCCAGGAAAAGUCACAUGGUCUACUUGCUCGCUUAGGGAUUACCAUCAGUUCCUGCAACGACUAGAUGCCCGUGGUAAAAACUGUCUUCGAGUAUCCAACAUGCCCACAAAACUCGUUAUUCCUACAAACACUAAGCCUGGUCAGAUCUAUGAUGCUAAUCUACAAUGUGAACUCAUGCACGGACCAGGUUAUCAACAGAAAGUGGAUGGCGGGUAUUCGGCGUGGUCAACCUUGAACUGCAAUCAAUGUACGUGCAAUCCUAUAAUUGAUGGAGUCGGCCUGGCCAUUUCGCGAAGGACCUGCUCUAAUCCGUACCCUGCCAACGGUGGAGACGAUUGUGUUGGAUCCAACAUACGCGCUGUCAUCUGCAACAAAUCAUGUCCGAAGCAACAACGAAGCGUUGAUGAGUAUAUCUCCGACAAGUGUUCUGAACACAAAAGAGUGAAAAACGAUCAAGACUUGACUGGAACGGGCAAUCAGUUGAAUCGAUUCCCGCAAAGGGCUUGCAAGGUGUUUUGUGAUGUCGCAAAUCGACUUGGAGGACAGAGAAAUUAUCGAUUUUUUGGCGAUAAUUUACCAGACGGAACUUCUUGCGGCUACGAUCGGUAUUGCCUUGACGGUGAAUGCUUGCCUCUUUCCUGUUCGAACAACGCUCUAAUCGGACGCGAUUUAUCAUGUCCUACCGAAACUUGCCCAAUGGAUUCCUCGUCUAUAUGGAAGGGAGAGUGGGGACAAUGGAGCCUAUGGACUUCAUGUACAGCCACAUGUGGUGGAGGCUAUAGGAAGCGAUCCCGUACCUGUUCGGUGAAAGGACGUUGUGACGGUGCUGAAACAGAAACGGAACAGUGCUCGACUAACGCUUGUCAACCAGUGAAUACGGCUGGCGGAAAUCACUGGACCACAUGGACAGAGUGGAACCAUUGUUCAGUUUCAUGUGGUCGUGGUUCCCAAGCUCGAUAUAGGAAAUGUGUCACUCCUCAACACUCGAUUGCUUUUGACUGUCCUGGUGAGCCGACCGAUGAGCAUGACAAGACUCGCCGAACGCUUCAUAAAGAUACAAACAUCGAAGUUCGGGCGUGUGAUGCCGGGGCAUGUACUGGAGUAGGUGUUUGGCUAUCAUGGUCCGAGUGGAGUACCUGCUCGACGUCGUGUGGACCAGGCACUAUGCUUCGUCAACGGGGUUGCCAUAAGGAACCUUGCGAUGGAUCAGCCCAUGAAAGAAGGUCCUGUAACAUAGCGGUUUGUGCGUCACCACCAGGAGAGUGGAGCUCAUGGAAUGAAUGGUCAGAAUGUAGUCGUUUGUGUGGGCGUGGAAUUCGGUCGAGGAGCAGAAGUUGUGUUGGUUCCGGGUGCUACGGUGCCGGCAGUGACCAAUCUUUCUGUAAUGAACAUCCGUGUGAAGCCCGCUCUAGCGAAUGGGCCACAUGGUCUCCUUGGAGCACGUGUUCGGCCACUUGCGGUGCGGGUGUGAAGAGGCGCACCCGUUACUGCCGAUCAGGAAGUUGCCCUGGCAACUACAAAGAAUCGGCCAUAUGCAACGAUCGUGAAUGCGAAAGCCGCAAUGCAGCAUGGGGAGGCAAGUUACUAGCUGGGGAUACUGGUCCACAUGCAGCGAAACGUGUGGUGAAGGAAUUAGGAAAAGAGUUAGGAAAUGCUACGGUAGCGGUCAAUGUGGUGGAAAUGAAUACGAGAAGCAACCGUGUUUUGCUCGUG